AUGGUGUCUUUCUCUUCAUCUUUACAAUGGGUUUGUGUUCAUAUUUGUCUAUGGGACGUGUCGUUUGCCCUAAUGGGACUCUUCAUUUUCAGCUGUGUUAUUCAGAGAAUGACCAACAAAGGUCCGAUGUUAUGGCCUGUAAUGGGAAUGAUACCCACCGUGAUGUUCAACAUGAAGAAUAAUUACGAGUGGAUUACCGCGGCUUUAAUCAGAACCGGAGGGACUUUCCCCUACAGAGGAAUGUGGAUGGGAGGGGCUUACGGAAUCGUGACCGUUGAUCCUUCCAAGAUCGAGUACAUGCUCAAGACAAGAAGCAUAAACUUCCCAAAGGGCAGGUACUACAGAGAGAGGUUCCGAGAUCUUCUCGGCGACGGGAUCUUCAAUGCCGACGACGAGUCGUGGCAGAGACAGAGAAGGGUUGCGACUGCAGAGAUGCACUCGAGUCGCUUCGUCGCGUACUCGCUUCAGUCCAUGCAGGAUUUGGUGCAGAAGAAGCUGUUGAAAGUGAUAGAAAAGUUGGUGAAUUCAGGUGAUCAUUCGAUUGAUUUACAAGAAAUGCUUCUUCGUUUUACGUUUGAUAACAUUUGCGCUGCAGCUCUUGGAGUGGAUUCGGGGUGUUUAGCGAUCGAUUUGCCCGAAGUUCCUUUCGCGAAAGCGUUUGAACAAGCGACUGAACUUACUCUGCUCAGAUUCCUGACGCCUCCUUUUGUGUGGAAGCCCAUGAAGUUGCUUGGUCUUGGAUUUGAGAAGAGACUCAAGGAAGCGACAAAGCUCGUUCAUUGCUUCGCAGAAAAGAUAGUUAAGGAAAGAAGGAAUGAACUGAUCAAGUGUGGAGACCUAAAUCACCGUUAUGAUCUCUUGUCAAGGCUUAUGGUUAUGGACAAAAGUGAUGAACAAGAAAAGUGUUUCUCAAACAAGUUUUUGAGUGAUUUCUGCAUAAGUUUCAUUUUGGCCGGGCGUGACACGAGCUCGGUUGGAUUGGCAUGGUUUUUCUGGUUACUCCAAAACAAUCCAGAUGCCGAAAGGCGAAUUCUCUCCGAGAUCAACGACAUCGUUUCGUCUAGGCGCGAGAUCAACGACACAAAUGAAACAGUUUUCACAGUGGAUGAAUUGAAGAAAAUGGUGUACUUACAAGCGGCACUAUCGGAGGCCCUGAGGCUGUACCCGCCAGUGCCGAUCGACAUCAAGGAGGUCGUAAACGACGACGUGUUUCCCGACGGCACCGAUGUAAAGAAAGGAGCUAGGGUUUUGUACUGCAUCUUCUCAAUGGCUCGGAUGGAGUCGAUAUGGGGGAAAGAUUGCUUGGAUUUCAAGCCAGAGAGGUGGAUCCAAAACGGGCAGUUUGUUGCGGAGAACCAGUUCAAGUACGCCGUUUUUAACGGAGGCCCGAGGCUGUGCCUCGGAAAGUCGUUCGCUUACAAGCAGAUGAAAAUGGUGGCCGCUUCGAUAUUGAUGAGGUAUGAGGUUAAGGUUGUGGAAGGUCAGAGAAUUGUGCCAAAAGUCACAACCACGCUUUACAUGAAGAAUGGUUUGUUGGUCAGUUUCAAACCUAGGUUGGUGAAUUGUGGUACCACAACACAGUGA